AUGCAGGCAUGCUGCAUACACGCUCACAGCAAGACCUUCGUUCACCAGGUGGCCACGAAGGUUUACCUAGCUCCUGACACGCCGAUCUCACAGUGCUUGCCUUACAGCAUCAAGCAUCAGCACCUCUUCUCCGGCAACGUUCCUCAGCCGGCAGAUUGGCUGCGAGCGUGGCGGGCGUGCCGGACAGCAUCUUCUUUCAAAGGUGCCGUGAAAUUCUAUUCCACGGAAGACUUCGCUGCUGGCAGGAACACGAAGCUUGACAGUGUGAGUCUCAAGAACAUGAUUCUUGUUAUGCACUGGGCUGUCAAGAGUGUUCGCAAGCAGCGUCUCGAACAAGCCACCAGCAUCAGCUUGUCCGUGGACGACCGCAAGGAGUAUCGUUUGGUGAGGUACCGUUGCGAUGUUCCACCGCGCACUGCCAAGCAGUCAGCGGCUCCAGGCUCCCAAGGUCCCCAAGGCUCCCAAGGCUCCCAAGGCUCGGAGGAUGGCCCGCUUGUCGCCGAUGGCUUGCUUGGGGUCUACAAGACAGGUGCCAGUGUUCCUGAAAACACAUUGGAGGAGCACGAUGCGGACAAGAGUCAGGUGAUGGCAGACAGCAUAGGCAUAGUCAUUGACAGGGCCUGUCAGGAUCCGGAAGGCAAAACUGACGAGGAGUCCUGCAGCCGCUUGAAGCUGCACGUGCGGCACUUUGCAGCCGAUCAGUGCACAUCUGCCCGGAAGUGUGGAAGGUUGUUGGUCACUGGCGGCCAGUAUCCUAACCUGGUCUGGGUAAGCCAUGAUCCUGCGCACCAGGUUCGUAUUGCCUACCAGGACCCUCUUCACGCCAUGCCCGAGUUCCAAGACCAGUGGGAGCGUUUGUUUGCUCCCGGCAAGGGCAAGCAUGCGCUUAUCCCGGACAUCCAGAACUCAGAAGUCUGGAAGGCCAGGCUCAUGGCGGCCCAGCAAGAGGUUCUCAGGCUCCAUGGCUCCCAGGCUGGUGUGGAGAAGGUGAUCCGAGCGUUGUCGUUCUCCCAACCUCGGUUUGACUCGUCGGCCACACCAAUGCUGAAGUACUUGUGCAUGAUUCGUGCGAUGGCGGUCUUAUGUGCUAUGCAGGCUGCUGACGAGAGAAACACGGUCGAGAUUCGCUCCCGAGCAGAGCGCGCCUUGCAAAACAUGAAUGCAGCAGCCCUCAUGCGCUGUGGACUCACUUGCGACUACACAUCUGAGUGCCUGGGUUUCUUGCGCAGGAACUUUGACAUUGAGGAUCCAGAUGUAUCCUGCACCCCCAGAGUGCUGGAAGAGUUCACCAAGCGCCAGCGGUUCUUAUUUGUGGAUGGAUACAUCCUCUCCGACAGCUCGCAGGUUCCCAGUUCCGUGGACGGCUCCGAGGCUCCAGGCUCCCAGGCUCCCAGGAGGUGUGCAACCCAGUUAGUUUACGAGGAGAUCCAGACACCAGAGCCGAUCUUCUAUGGCAACAGAGUCCACUACCUGUGCACGAAGGCCGGCAUUUCUGAUGUAAGGCAGAUCAUGGGAACUAUGGCGCACGUGGUCGAGGCGAUGCUGGAGCGUUUGCGAGUAGAUCUGACGGAGGAUGAGAUCGCCGUGGCUCUGCAGGUAUUCAACCUUCGGCUGUGGCAGGAGACGAACCGACAACAGGAGCUAGUGGACUCUACACGCAAGCUCUGUGAUAUGCUCAAGCUUUCGCACGGGGAGAUUGCGAAGAGUCGCAAUCUUGCUUCAGAGAAAGUCAAGGCACUCGGGCACCCUGGCCUGUCCGACACCUUUUGGACAUUUGCAAAGACUGUCCAGCUGCUCAAGGUCGAAAAAGUCCAGGAUGGUGAGGAACAGAACUUGAGGUACAACAACACCUUGUACAACAAGGCCUUACACCAGGCUGCCACAGCAGCUGUUGCAGUGCUGCGGGGUCCAUCCGGUCCCGUGGAGAAGGCUGCCCGGAGAUUGGAGCUGGAAUUUGGGCGGGGCAUCUUGAGCAGUCAGUACUCGAAGUUGAGCAAGCUGUUAUCGCUGACCAACAAGCUCGCAUCUGCUACCAGAAACGCUGUAGACCUGACGGCCUGGAUGAUCGACUCCUUGACGCUGGCCCUGCGCAUGAACAUGGUCACGCCAGCUAAAUGCACCGAGAAGUUUCUGGAUCGAGACCGGAAGACAGGCGAUGCUGGCUUUUGGUUGUCGCGCAUGCUGGUGGUGCAGGUCUUCGAUUAUGCAGCAAAGCUGGCGAACAAGUUGCCUGAGCCGGACAAGGUUAAGCUGACAGGGAUUUUGGCUGAACUCCGUUGCCCUUCCACAUGUUGGGAGAAAUAUCUCUGCCAUGCUGAUGCUGAUCAAGGGGCUGCUGGAGAGGACGACAUGGACGGCGAGGACCCAGAGGACGUGGAGCGCCCUGUUCCGCAGUCCAAGAUUGGAGCUGUUAAAGAGGGUUUCAACAAAGCCAUUGGCAUGCUUUUGGAUUUGCUGCUGGAGCUGAUGUCGGGGAAGUACUACAAGGAUUGCUGCAUGCUGGCUUCGAGUGAAGAUGGCCUUGCAAAGGCAUUGACAGCUGCACAGCUUGGAAGCUCGGAUGACACGGAGCACGAGGAGCCAUGUGCGCUUAUCACUCAGAUGAAGAUCAUUGUCGACAAGUUCGACAACAGCACGAAGUCCGUUGGUGCCACAUCUGCGGCUCCUGCUCCGAGUUUGCUCCAAAGCCUGGCCAAGGCUUCUGAAGCUGACACACCCGAGGAAUGUGUCGAGCGUGAGCGGCAGUGGAAGGCGGUGCAAACGGAACGCCGCAAGUUCGUGUCGUUCUCGGUACCGAACAAGAUCUCGAAGGACUGCCUAGUCAAUGCGUUCAGAGGUUGCGGCAAGGUCUUCACGCACAAGGGCACCUUAAACUCUUCGCACCGCCUGAUCGUUGCCAGGGCGGAUCUCUUGGCAGAGGCUGGUACCGACCCGUGGCUCAAGGGCACUCCGCCAAGCGAGGAAUGGAAAGAGAUCUGUGCCUUUGCCAAAGACAUUUCUGGGCCCGAGGAUUUCGUCGUACUCUUCGACGGCUCCCAGGCUCCAAGGCUCAAAGGCUGCACCUGGUUCUUUAAGGAAGACCUCCUGCUGAACCAGCAGCACACCGAGGAGUGCACCAUCGUGUACUCAGGUGGGUGCCCGCCGAGAACUGGUCGCACUCGCCGCGUUCCGCUGGCUGCAAAGAAGGUGGAGACAGGAGCGGUUAAGUUUCCGGUCGCACGCACCAAGAUUCAGACGACGAAGAAAGGCUCCUUCACAGUCUGCGGCGAGGCUUCUACGUACCAAGGCACUUACUCAGGCGUGGAGUACCGGGCGGUUUCUGAAAUGCCCCUCGUGUCUGCAGACACCAAGAAGAAGAUCAUUGCUCCGGCAACAACCGGCGACCUCCCGACACCGCCAGAGGACUGGCAGGAUCGCCACGGCUCCGACGUACCCUUGUUCUGGAACGAGUCGAAGCCGCUAGCAUAUUGGAAUGCCAUCAUUGAGGAGUUUUGCGCGGAGGCAGUGUUUGACCUCACGGCUGGCACCGGUGCUCUGAUGGCGGCUUCUUUGACUGCCGGCAUCGCAUACCACGGGCUUUGCAGCCUCAACAAGGAGCACAUGUCGUGGGUCCAGGAGGUUGCUGAUCGCGCAGCUUGCGGAAUGAUGGCUUUGGAGGGAUCCACUCUUUACUCGGACGAGAAUGCCAAGGCGGUGAAGAAGCAUUUCCCGCACGUUCUGGAGAGCUUGUCCAACCAAGACGACCAGGACGAGGCACCUGCUGAGCCAGAUAGUUCCCUGCUUGGGUUCGACAUGGGCUGCCGAUGGAGGCCUACCAGACGCCUCUGGGGCAAAACCAGUCUCAAGACGGCUUCUCGUCGGAUGGCCCGGGGGUGCCAGCAUGGUGGCAGCAAAUCGCAGAGCUUGCGGAAGCAGGCUGUGAAAGACGGCUUGGUCCCCAAGGCUCGAAGGGCCUUCGUCAUCUGGUUCCAGGAAAACUCCGAAGUCAAGAAAGGCGCUACCAAGCACGAGUUUCUCAAUGAGAUGAAGCAUCUUGGCGCAGUCUGGCAGGGCAUGACCGACAAGCAGAAGGCACCAUUCAUGGCGAGGAGCAAAGAUGAGUUCGUGGCUCAGCGAAGUGCACUGGCCGUUCUUGGCAUCAGGAUGCGGGGCUCCACGACCAGUGCGGGCGGCCCCGACGAGGCGAAGGACCCCCCUGCCGCUGACGAAUCUGGCGGUCGCGUUGGCCCAUUUGAGCUUAAUGGUGCAAGGGCUCCAAUUGGAGGCGGAGCCUAUGGCAGUGUCUACAGUUGCCAGCAUCCGCAAAGCGGCCUUAACGUGGCGGUGAAGGUUUAUCGUGGCUCCGAUGGCCCCGCGGAUUGCAGGCACGAAGUGGAGCAGAUGAAGCUUCUAAUGAAGGCCGUUCCGCAGCAGAAGAUGAUGUGGUUCCCGCUUCUUGUCAGCUCGGGUGUCACGGGCAGACCUUGGCCAUGGAUGGCUACUAGCCUAUGUGGACCCAGCCUGGCAACCGCACUUCGAAAUCCUGCGGCGCAUGGCAAGCCGAGGACGUGGUCUGUGGCAGCUCAGCUGAGAAGUGCACUGCAGACCUUGCAUGACGCAGGCAUCCUACACUUGGAUGUGAAACCUGGCAAUGUUCUUUGGUGCCCUUGCACAGAUCAGGUGCAGGUGUGCGACUUCGGCAUGAGUGAGAACAUGGCACGGCUCCAGAAGGCUUCUCAGGCUCCCAGGUUACUGCAGUAUGUCACGGCUGCCUAUCGACCUCCGGAGCUGUGGCCCGCUCGUGUGAAUGGCGAUGGAGACUGCGGUGUCAGAAAGCAGCUGCUGACUGCAGCUGUGGAUAUGUGGGCCUAUGCGUGCGUGGUGUUUGAGGUGGAGACCGGGAAUCCCUUCAUGCCCAAGGGGGAGGCCGGACUGAGAGCGUGGUGCAAGCAGUGGCCCGAGCUGUGGAAAACACGCAGCGACUUAGCCAAUUGCCCCGCUGCAAGUCACACGGGCUGCACAAAGGUGCUUCGAGCCGGUAAAUGGGGGCUGUUUGUGUUGGUCGGCUGUGCUCCAGACCCCGGAAAGCGGCGGUGGCCGGAGCUCUGUCUGAAUCAGAAAUGA